CAUGUUGUGGUCACACAUCCAUGAUUUACAAGACUCACUACUGCAUUCGACAAAAAACUCCAAUGGUCCAUCACAGAGUAAUGCUGAGGUGUUUUGUUAGCAGGAGCCUUUUGACCAAUCCUGUCGCAGGUCAAACAAGAAAUAUGUCUGGGGGCAGUCUUGCUGGGUCUCAAAGCAGUCUUGCAGGGAAGGUCGCCGUAGUGACUGCCUCCACUGAUGGAAUUGGUCUGGCUGCAGCUCAGGCUCUCGGUCAGAGAGGGGCUCACGUUGUGGUGAGCAGCAGACGUCAGUCCAACGUGGACAAGGCCGUGGCACUACUGCAGAGUGAGAAGAUACAAGUGACCGGAACGAUUUGCAACGUUGGGAAAAGUGAAGACAGAGAAAGACUGGUUAACAUGACAGUGGAACAUUGUGGAGGUAUAGACAUCCUGGUCUCGAACGCAGCAGUCAAUCCUUUCUUUGGAAACAUCAUGGACUCCACAGCAGCAGUCUGGGAUAAGAUCCUGGAUGUGAAUGUUAAGGCAGCCUUUCUUAUGACCCAACUGGUGGUGCCUCACAUGGAGAAGAGGGGGGGCGGGAGUGUUGUAUUUGUGUCCUCUGUCGCCGGCUACCAGCCUAUGCAGGCCCUCGGUCCUUACAGUGUGAGUAAGACGGCCCUAUUGGGCCUAACCAGAGCCUUGGCCCCUGAACUGGCCCAGAGCCACAUCCGUGUCAACUGUGUGGCCCCCGGCGUCAUCAAGACCCGCUUCAGCCAAGCAUUGUGGCAGGACGAAGACGUUGUGGAUGAGUUCAAGAAGCAGCUUAGCAUUAAAAGGUUGCCUUCAACUUCAUUCUUAGGGGUUGGGGAGCCAGAGGAGAUCGGUGGAGUGAUCGCUUUCCUGUGCUCUAAGGACGCGUCCUACAUCACUGGAGAGACCAUCACUGUGACUGGAGGGAUGAGCUGCAGGUUGUGAGACUUGUCGGGCUGUAAUGUGUCAAUAGAAUCUGGCCACGCUGACUGACUGGGACGCUCAAAAUUAAACAAUGCUUGUAAUGUAAGAAUGGACUGCAAGACAGGUAGAUUUAUUCUACAUUGCAGAGAAAUGGAAUCCUCUAAGACUGUAGUGACAUGAGGACACUAAGGCAGGAAGUGGACAGUGUUGACACCAUUCCUGACAUUCUCGGUAUGCUUUUCAGUGGGCUCUAUACUGUGUAUUGGGUUAAUAACAAAUGAACACAAUGUAUUAUUACUACACUUCAAAGACUGUCACAGCACACUAAAGCAUUUGAGCUCACAAGCAGGGUCCAAAUGUCUGUUUUCCCUCUGUCCCACCAUCAAGCCCUUAGGAACUAUAACUACAUUGCCUUAACGCUGUCAUACAUGUUUGAUUAUUGGACUUCAUAAAUAUACAUACAGGAACUAGUAAAUACAACAUGUAUUAUACACAAUUAAAAUUGUAGUUCUUCACACUAAGACAUUGGAUGUGUGAAAAAUAACUUAUUUGGCAGAUGCAUAAAUUUCCCUUUGAUUCAUUAUUUGCUUUUUGAAGAUCCUGCAUCUGGUUAUUGGAAAAGGACAAUUGAACUCUAUAAUUAUAUAUAAGUCAAACUAAUUAGCAAAACUCUUCUCGAUUUGUGCAAGUUUUUUCCUCAUCAAUAUGUCAAGAUAUUCCUAUUACCCCUAAAAGAAAAUGUGUUGGCCAAUUAAACUGACAAGUAUUACAGCACACAGGUAGUGCAGUUUUAGUAACAGGGCAAUCCUUUUGACUUCACAAUAAAAGUCACCCAGGUUUUUUAAAAUGCUUAUUCCAAAGUGAUUCAGAUACAAAGAAUCGUAAAACUCUGCUAGUAGAACAUAUUAAAUAUUUUCUUACAGUG